CUCUGUUUUCUCUUCCGUUUUGGUGGAACUCCGAUCGGGGAGAGACAUGGGUUCGGUCGUUUUGACGACGGGGUUGAGCGUGUUGGCCGGAGCUGUAUUGGUCAAAUCGGUGAUGGACCAGAAACCCAUGGCCGGGCCGAUUCCAAGAUGCCCCACUUGUAACGGGACCGGACGGGUCUCAUGCCUCUGCUCACGGUGGUCCGAUGGAGAUGUUGGGUGCCGAACCUGUGCUGGGUCAGGUCGAAUGGCAUGUAGCAGCUGUGGCGGGUCUGGGAUGGGGCGGCCGAUCCCGGUUCGGCUUUCUGUGCGGCCACCGAGUCGGAGCUCCUAACUGGGUUUGUUGUAGAAUUCCCACUCUCUCUCACAUGGAUUUUAAUUGGUUUUUUUGGUUGAAAUUUGAUUAUGUAAUACAAUAGGGGGGAAGACAGAUGGGAGAAUAGGAAUCUGUAAUCUUACCUAUAUUCAAAAUUUGUUAUAAAAUCAUGCAAUUUAUAUGUUUUGGGUUGUUUGCUUCAUUUCUUAAAGGGGAAUUUACCAAUUUAUGGUUUGUCUUGUGUUGUGUUGUUCUAAAGUCUAAUUUGUUCAUUUCAUUCAUUGCUCUUGCUAACCAAGAAAUUACUUAAAGGAAC